AUGCCCGUCGCGUUCAGAUACCACCAGCAGGCGCAGUCGACGUUCAAGCCUCCUCUCAUCGCGAAUGAGAAUGCCUUCCUGGGGGACGUGGAUUCAUCGGACGAUUACAACCCGGAGAAACCCAUGUCGGCCGGCUUCUACCGCCUGGAGAAGGGCACGCCGCUGACUUACGAAUACUCCUACGAUGAGAUGAAGAUUAUCCUCGAGGGGGAGUACGAAAUCUCCGACGAAACCGGGCAGAAGGUCACGGCUAAGCCCGGCGAUGUCUUCCAAUUCCCCAAGGGUGCCAAGAUCACCUUCACCACUCCUUCCUAUGGGCUGGCUUUCUACACGGGUCAACGGGCCAAGGGUGUUUUGUAA